AUGAAGAAUGAUUUAAGAGGAAACCAUCAGUGGACUCUUGCAAUUUUGCAUGCUGAGGGCUUUCUGGAUGAGAAAUAUUACGAUAUUUGCGCGAUAAUGGAUUCAGAAAAUUCAAAGCAAAAGGUUCCGUUUACUUUUCGAAGAUAUUUGUCAAUUAUUUGGGUAGAUUUUAUACUCGCCAAUAUCACAUAUGGGCAGUACAGUGAUGUAGAUUCGAUGAAGUUCAAGUGGUAUAAGCCAAAAUUUGGUGUUGGUGAACAUGUCUGCACAAUGAUGGAUGCGAAAUGUUCAAAACAAAAGUUGGUUUCUGUAGGCCGAGAAGAUGAUUCGAUCAAUUCUGGUUGUGAUUAUGCAUUAGCAGUGGUUAAUAAAAAAACGCGUAAAGUAAAUUUGCUGCCCACAAAAAUGAUAAAUUUCGAAAGUUGCUCGAGUAAUUGGGAAAAUUUAAUUGGGGACAAAUUUCCAACGAAAAGAGAUUAUAGUCUUAAUUUUUCAACAGAUCAAGAGAGUCGAGCAAUUAAACGACGAGCUUUACAAAGUGAAUUCGGUUCAUCAAAACUGAUGAGAGCUAUAAAUUUGUCGAAUCGACGGCAAAUCAAAGAUGAAACAUUGAAAACUAUGAUCGAUUCAGCUAUGGUUUCGUCCUUGAAUGAGAACAGUGAUAGUAAAGGCGUACAGUCUUUGACGAUUAUUGAAAGAGCUCAGGGUACGGUUUUACCAAAAGCGAAUUUGGCUGCGAAACUGCCAUGUGAUGUCUAUUCACUAGACAUGUUUUUUACGGAGCUAGAAAUUGAUGAAGUUGAGGCUGAUGCUGUUGUCUUUUUCACAAGAUCAGAAAAUGAAAUUUUAGAAAGUGGCUUUUCUCCUCUUGCUUUUAAAUAUUUCAAUGAAGAGAAUAAAAAAAAGAAGAGGCUGUGUUUUGUGCUAUUCUUGGAUGCUAUGAUAAAUUGCUUCAAAAAAAUUGGUAAGAAUUUUCGGCGCCAUAUUACAACAGAAGAGUGUUCAAAUCUUUGUUAUCCUGUUAAAUUCAAAGAGAAACUAAUGCAAAUGUUUUUUGCUGGAGAUUUUAGAAAGGAAUCUGCUCGAAGUAAAUCAAAACUUUUUCUAAACGCUACUGAUAAAGACAGACUGCUUUCACACUUGUUGUGCCUUGCGAUUUCUCUGAAUUGUUAG